UGCUGAGUUAUUUUGUCGUUGUCUAAUUUGCUUGCAAUCUGUUUCUUUUGGUGGAGCUCGAGAGAAGUAGAAAAGAAAGGGAAAAGGCCAUUUGCUUGCAAUCUGUUUUUUUUGGUGGAGCUCGAGAGAAGUAGAAAAGAAAGGGAAAAGGCCAUCUUGCUGAAGGAGUCUAGAAUCGUUCGUCGUAUCUCGAGGGCGUUUAAAGCCAAACAAAAUUAAUUAGGAAAUGUGGUACGUUUAAAGGGAUUAUUUCUAGAAAAUUUUUAAAGGGGGUUAAGAGACCUUUGGAGCGAGACUCGAGGGCAAGAUUUUGAGGAGAGGAUGUUCUAGUGAUUCAAAAGGGGUUUUAAAUCGAUAAAAGUCGUCUAAGAAAAUGGAUUCUUAUUAAUAGGUAUGCCCAAGAUAAUCCGGCUAAGGAGGGGUUUCUUCGAGGAAGGAAUCGAGGAGUCAUCUUUUCAAGGUGAGUGUAAAGGGGGUAAUAUCUCAGUCGUAGGUCUUUUAGUUUAUGCUUUUAUUUUCAGUAAUGUUAGUUAAUUUUUGAGUAAGGUCUAUUAUGUGUGUGAGGCAUCCCACCGCCUACUUAAGGUGAGGGCACGCGUUGUGCUAUGUAUGUGAUGUAUGUUUGUAUGUAAGAUGAACCCCCGAGCGGUUGGGCCACUACUGGACACAGUAGAUAGUCGGAUCACUGCUAGACGACGAGACGUAAUGCACCAGUUGAUCGUGUAUGUUGGGGUCACUACUGGACGGCGAGACGUAACGCAGUAGUUGACCAGGCAUGGACUGGAUGGCGAGACGUAACGUAGUGCCAUUGCCGAGUUUGGGUAUGAAACCGGACGGCGAGACGUAACGCGGUUUGCAUACUAGGGUAGGGUCACCGGACGGCGAGACGUAACGCGGUGGUCCCUAGUGUUGGUGUCUAUGGAUUUAGAAUAUAAGCAAGGAAAUUUUAAAGAUAAAGAUAAAGGAUGAAAGCGAGAACGACUUUUGUCUAAGUCAAGAACCCGAAUAAUGUGUUUAAUAAGGAGUUUCUUAGGUGCGAUGACAUUAUGAAGUAACGACGAGACUGAACCCUUCUCACUCGCCAGGUGCAGAGAGGAGAAGAGGACGGAUCCAUCAAUAGGAGGUUACCUGAGGAGAGCAGCCGCGGCAAACCUGAAGAUGUCAACUAGAUCUGGGAAACGGGAUUGGACCUCCCAUUAUAUGUUUCUUUAUUUUCAUGUCUUAAUUAGUAUACUGGGAAACUCAAGGAUUGUGUUUUAUGUUUUGUUGCUCUGGAUUGAGGUCUCCCAAGUGUUUAGGGCAUUUCACUUGAAAAUCUUAAACAUUGUUGUUGUUGAUUUUUGGUUUUGACUUGUAAACCUGUUUUGGGUUGCUCCGGAGUAACCAGUUUGUGGUUUGAGUUAUGGUUUGGUUUUCAAAAAGGAUCGGGUCAUUUCAUUUUGGCAUCAGAGCCGGCAUUCCUCUGUUUCUUGGUCUCCAAGGAAUACUAGAGUGACGAUCUGGGUUUUCAAAGGUUUAGUUUUAAAGGAAAAAGGAAAUUUCAAGAAAAACAAUAGUUGGCCAACCGAUUUGAAAAGGUUUAUAGAGUCUCCAGUAUACUCAAGCAUGAUAACACAUUAAUGUGGUUCUAAUAAGGGUACUACUUACUUGCAGAGCAAGUAACACCAAUGUUAACCACGCGGCAGCUAGGCAACCCCCGAAUUAUGAGGCUUUCUGGAGCUGAGGAGUGGUUGAUUUUGAUGAGGACCGCUCGAAGGAUGCUAGUGAAGUAAAGAAAUGGAUGGCGAAGGUCUCGCGCACGUUGACUGAAAUGAAUGCAAAUGAUGUGGACAGGGUGCUACUGACAGUAUCCCUCCUCCAGGAUUUAGCAUACAAUUGGUGGUGCACCCAGCCAGCUAGCUCGGAAGACCCACCAGCUAUCACUUGGCCAGAGUUGGUGCGGGUGUUCCGGGAUCACUAUGUACCAGAGGCCUAUCGACUUAGCAAAAAGAGGGAAUUUUUGCUAAUCAAGCAGGGAUGGGUCGAUGAAGGAGAGGAGGGUGUUGCAGAGUACACUUGCAGGUUCGAGAAGCUGAUGCCCUACGGGGGACCCGAACUCCAGGAUGCAGCAUCUCAUCGUGCCCACUAUUUGGAGAGUUUGAAGCCUGCCCUUAAGAAGUUAUUGAGCAUGCUAGCGUGGAACAGUCGGGAGGAGAUUUAUCAGGCGGCUCUUCGGAUAGAGAGGGCUGACACAGCUGUGCAUGAAGAAGGGAUACAACGAGAGGGAAGCAAGAGAAAGGCAAGUAGCAUGCUAGAGUGGUCCGGCCAGCCCAGUCAAUACAGGAGGAGGCAGAGCGGUACCGUUAGCUUUGGGGGUACUCAGAGUCAGGCCUGCUCGGUCCGGCCUAGUCAAACUUUCGGCAACAAAGGUCUCUACACCCAGUGUGGUCGGGAACACUCAGGGGAGUGUAGGUAGCCCCCCAGGGUCUGCUAUAACUGUAACGAGCCUGGGCAUUUUGCCAGAGAAUGCCCCUGAAGAGGAGGACAAGGGAUGACUCAGUACGAGCAGUCUGUCUUGGGUGGUGGAGCGAGGACUCACGUAGGACCACAGUUUGGCGGCCAGCCGAACUGCUCCUUCUAGAGCCAGGAAGGACGCACCGGGCGAUUCGACCGCACUGAUCGGGACAGAGACCAGGGGCCUCCAGCAGGGGGACAGCCUAGGGUAUUUACCAUACAAUGGAUAGAGGGCGACCGUGGUGACAAUGGAGGGGACGAGCAACUACAGUGAUGUAAUCAUGUGAAGCAAAUUGGGAGACUAGGGAGAUGAAGUAUUUAUUCUAAUCAUAGACCGCCAGUUGGUUGUUUUUUUGAAAGACGCUCUUUUAGUUUUAGUACUCGGUACCAACCUAUUAAAUUAGUUCGGACCAAAAUUUUGAGGUCGAAAUUUUUUUUUAAGGGGGAGGGAAAUUUUAUAUUCUAGCUUGAGAAGUUAGAGUCAAACACCAAAAGUUUAAGACCAAGUAAUUAUCGUUCCGGUUCCAAAUUUCGGGGAAGAAAUUUUUAUAAGGGUGGAUGAAAUGUAACACUCCGACCUUUGAAUUUAGGUUCGACCUUAAUACGUGAAUGGUUGGAUUAACGAUUAUGUACGAAGGGUUGCAACCGCGGAUUAUGAAUAAUAAUAAUAAUAAAUAUUAUAUUAUUAUUAUAGAAAAAAAUUAAAACUACUCGACCAGAUAAAGGGGCCGAGCAGCCCCUCACUUCCCCUAACUCUCUAAAAAUAAAAAUAAAAAAACCUCCUCCCCUGCAAGCAACCCACCCCCUGCCUCUCAAACCCCGCCGCCAAUCCGAGUCCCCAGCGCGAGGUCAAUUUUCCCGGCACGAGGGGAAAAAAGAAGCCCAACGACGGUUCCGACCUCGAUCCCAUCCCUUUCGUGUUUCUAGGUAAGGAUCACGAACUCGUUCGCGAUUUCGAAUCUCGAUUCAUCGAUAGUCUAAUCUGAAUCUCAUAUUUUAUUAGCGAUGACGUUUGAGGGUUCGAUCGAAGAGGAGAUCAAUGUCCCGCGCCAUCCAAUCUAACCCUAGGCACGUUCUAGAGGUAAGAGAACUCGAUCCCUGUGAGUUAGAUCGAUCGAUUUGGUGAUUUUUCAUGAGGGUGCAAUUCUGGGUUUUUAGCAACAACUGUUACAGGCUUUUAGUGACAGAUUUUGGAUUGUCACUAAACUGCUAGGAAUUUGCAGAAACUUAUUUUGGAUGUUUUACAUUGUUUCGAGCCUCUGUGGGUGUUUUGUUCCUAGGUAUAACAAUUUUAUAAAUUGAGGGAGGUCUAGGAGAUGACAGUAAUUUAAAUUGGGGAUUUUCGAAGAUGUAUUUCUAUUUUUAGAAACACAAUUAAAUAAAAAUCUUAUCGAGGGGAUUUUAUUGGUUUGAUAAUUUUACAGUGUAUAGAUGCUCAUGGUAGACAUAGGAAAAUUAUUAUCCGUAUUUUAAAGAAGGUUCAAGUUAAGUGAAAAAUUCAUACAGGACGAAAUUAAUUAGGAAAAGUGGUCGGUUUGAAGCGAUUAUUUCUAGAAAAUUUUUAAAGAGGGUUAAGAGAUCUUUGGAGCGAGGCUCGAGGACUGGAUUUUGAGGAGAAGAUGUUCUAGUGAUUCAAAAGGGGUUUUAAUGGAGAAAAGUCAUCUAAGAAAAUGGAUUCUUAUUA